UCGUCCGAUUCACUGGUCCCGUGUGCACGCCAAACCCGUUCCUCUGGCUAGCAUCGCGCCGCGUGCGAACCGCGAAAAGGGCAACCCUUUGCCAUUGACUCCAGUUUGGCGGGCAGCGUCCGGUUUCGCAUCAUUUCGCUGCUAGAACAGUCUCCCCGGGGAUGGAGUUUUGUAGUAAGCGGAUGUGGAUGUCGAGUGUUUGAGUGAUAGUGUGCCCCGAGGCCAACGAGAUCACUCCCUGUACAAGUGUGUGUGUCUGUGAACGUGCGUCCAUCCGAAACCGACCAGAACGGUCUUACCCACCAGCGCUUUACCCGUGCGGAUGUGAAGCUGCGUGUGACAACGGUUUGCUCAUAAGUCAAACAGAACCACAAUAGCACACACAACAACAGCUAAAAAGGUGCGAAACUUUCAGACCUAUCCCACUUGCACCCGUGGGGCACCCUAGGGGCAGUUUGGGAGGCUGAAGGUGUGGCGAUGCUUGGGCAGGUGAUUAAGUGUGCCGACGAAGGGCAGGCGGUGCGGCAAGCGCUCGGUCCGAUGAUGGGUGUAGAUCAAUAAACAAACAAGACGCCAGCCGUUUCGGAUCAUCCGUCAGAGCGCGUGUUGAAUCGCACUAAUGACUACAUCGAUGUGCUCGGUAAAUUGCUUUUAUUCGUGUGUAUGUGGUUGUGUGUAUGUGCGAUUGUGAAUGGGUUUCUAUUACCCAGUUGUGUGUCUCGUUUACUUGGCUUUCUAGCUUUUUCAUGAUCACCGGGAACGAUCGUACCAAACGCACCCGUGGCAGUAAAAUAUUCUGGGUGCGAAAAUGCAUCAGCUACACUAUCGGUAGAAUAGUGUGCUUUGUAACUGGGACUACUGAAACGAAUCUAAAUUCCAAUCUUAGAACCAUUAAGCGACUGCUUUGCCUUGCACAGCGUAAUGUUGGCAAAGUAACCGAAAACUUCCAAUACAAUCCAAUACAAUCAUUCCGCCGGAGUUGGUGCUUGUUUUUAGUGGGAGAAAGUGCUCAGCCUCUUACCCGAGCCUUACCCAGGCAAAGUUGAUAAAAUAUGGCCGUGGCAAAAGUUUCCAGAGCUUUCGAGCGAAUACUUACGUCUGCCAGCUUUAAGUGAACGCUCUACCACUUACCGCUGUCGUGUAGCGAGCUGGUGGCAAUCAGAUUUAUUAGCCCACCCUUCCGUUUUCGGAGCAGUCGAUCGUGCUACUGCUGCUGCUGCUGCUGCCACUGAUGAUGAUGACGAUGACGUGUUCCCACAAAUACUAUCACCUGCGCCGUCUUCUUCACACGCUUUGCAAAGAAUGAGUCGCGUGCAAUCGUUAGAUGAUCGAGAUAGUAAGCGACGGUCGAGCACGAAACCUGCCGCACUAACACCGCUGCACCUAGCAACGGUGGCCGCCCUGCCGGCCACGGUAACGGACGCAACCGGUCGGUUUGUGACGACACUCAACCACACGCACGCAGCCGUCCCCACGACCGCCACCAACUUCUUCAACCUGAUCGACCCGCUCGAGCUCACGACGCGCUCCCGAAGCGUUCCCAGCCUAGCGGCCAGUGCUGCCAGCAUUGGCAGUGCCGCAUCCCAUGUGGUCGGCGGCCGAAGCCGUACGCUAGCGGCGCUGUCGGCUAACGUCAGUGAGCUGGUGGAAGCCGGUAGCGGACGUGCGUACGAUCCAGCACUGUACGACGAUGGUCGAUCGCUGUACGAUCCGCUGGCGGCUGCGACGAUCACCACAGUCAGCAUCGGCAACACCACGGUCCAACCGGCAACCGUGUUCGGCCCGCGGCCAGGCGUCACCGACGGAAGUGUGCUCAUCGGUAGUGGCACCAGCGCGGCCACCACACUCGUGGUGGAUCUGGUCGGCACCGUCGAUCCGACUGCCCGCCAGCUUGAGCUGCCGAGCGCGAUGGAUGAACACUUCCUUAUCGCCAACUGGCAGGACUGUGUCGUUGUGAUACUGUUCUGCCUGCUAAUCGUAGUGACUGUGAUCGGUAACACGCUCGUCAUUCUGUCCGUGAUCACGACACGCCGUCUACGCACCGUUACCAACUGCUUCGUCAUGAGCCUGGCCGUGGCCGAUUGGCUCGUCGGCAUUUUCGUCAUGCCGCCGGCCGUCGCCGUUCAUCUGAUGGGCUCCUGGCAGCUCGGAUGGAUUCUGUGUGAUAUAUGGAUCUCAUUAGACGUACUUCUAUGUACAGCAUCAAUUCUUAGCCUUUGUGCCAUUAGUAUAGAUAGAUAUCUAGCCGUAACGCAACCAUUAAAUUAUUCCCGUCGCCGGCGCUCGAAACGGCUGGCGCUGCUGAUGAUCCUGGUCGUAUGGGUGCUGGCACUGGCCAUCACAUGUCCUCCGAUUCUCGGAUGGUACGAACCGGGCCGUCGGGAGCUGGACCAGUGCCGCUACAACCAAAACGAAGGCUACGUUGUCUUCUCGGCCAUGGGCUCGUUCUUCAUCCCGAUGACGGUGAUGGUGUACGUGUACGUACGGAUAUCAUGCGUUGUCGCCUCCCGGCACGAUAAGAUGACGGAGAUCGAAGUCCACAAGAAAAGUCACCGAGUGCGGGAACCGGAGGAGGAUGGCUACCAGUCCGAGCAGGACCCGAUCCCGCUGAGCCCCAAGCGAAAGCGUUCCUCGUCCCAGCUUUCCACCGCCACCACGACGUACGUCGCCCAGCUGGGCCCGAUGCUCGACGAGGGCGUGGGGGCUGGCCAGCCACCGAAACCGGCCGGCAAGCGAAACAACCACAAGCACGGGCACUACGAGCUGAUGGACCUGAACACGACCGGUGGCAGUACGCAGAGCCAAACCACAAUCCUUGCUGCAGCGGGCAACGGUACGGGAGGGCCGACCGGCGAUACUUCAACCGCUUCUGCUGCUGCUGAAGGGCAUCAUCAUCAUCAGGAGCAGCUGCGACAGCGGACGUACGAUGAUGGAACGAGCCUUGACGCGAUUGUCGAUGAUCCGGCCGUCGUGCUGGCGGGCCCUGGCAGUGGCAGUACCGAGAGCAACACUAGCACCGCCGCUACGGCUGCCGCGCCCGUCUCUGCCUCGGUCAAUUACAACAAACUUCCAUCGACAGCCGAGCUCUGGUCGUCCGGCAAUAGCGUUUUCAAUCAGCAAAGCCACAAACCACAAUCCCAUUCGAUGGCGAGCUUUGCCGGGGCGGCCGGUGCCGGCUCACCGCCGAACCAUUCGCAGCACUUCCACCAUCACCAUCACCACCACCAUCAUCACCAUCACCACCAUCACGAGGGUCGCCCGACGGCGGCCCUGGCAGCGGCGACGGGCGGGCUGCGGCGCAACAACACGGUCAACACUUCUAUCACGACGUCGACCUGCAGCUCGGUGCAGCUGGUCGGCGGGCGAACCGGCGGCAACAACAUCCGCAUCCACCAGAAGUCCCUCUCCUCCCGCAUCUCGUCGAUGAAGCGCGAGAACAAGACGACCCGCACGCUCAGCAUCGUGGUCGGUGGCUUCAUUGCCUGCUGGCUGCCGUUCUUCAUCCACUACAUCAUCACGCCCUUCCUCCCGAAGGACUGGACCGUGCCGAAGCUGAGCGAGUUCUUUACCUGGCUCGGCUGGAUUAACAGUGCCAUCAAUCCGUUCAUCUACGCCUUCUACAGCGUUGACUUUCGGGCCGCCUUCUGGCGAUUGACGCUGCGGCGGUUCUUCCGCAACAGCGAGAAGGCCCCGUUCGCCAACAUUCACAACCUUUCGAUGCGCGCGCGAUGAGAGGCAGGAUGCUGUUUCCUCUCCCCUUUGCUACCGGGACACUCUUUUCCUCAGUGCGUAUGUGCCUGUGUGCGUGCGUGUGUGUGAGUAUGAUUGAUUGUGAGCGAUAAGGGGACGCGGGGUGCACCAUUCCCUUGGGCGUCAUCCAGCGGGUUGCAAAUUCGAACUACGAUGGGCGACGGAAUUCGCAACGGCUGGACGGAAAAAUGACCGAUUGGCGUGAUCACGAUAUCCGGUUUGGUCAAAUGGGCAAUGACCAAACGGAAACGUGAGUGAAUGAACGAUAACAUAAAAAAAAGAGUUAUAGAACAAAUGAGAGAGAGAGAGAAAGAGAAAGAGAGAGAGAGUGAUCCUGCAGGCAGGCUUUCUAUUUGUUAUUAUUUUUGGUUGUUCUAUUAUUCCUGUACGAGAUUAGUCGUUGUUAUCUUGGGUCACAAUGUCGAAGAGGUCAAACAAUUGUGAGUAGGAUAAGUAGUUCAAUUGAAGUCGUUAUUAGGUACAUUACAGCUGCUUUUAAAUGUUCAUAUUUAAGGCAAUCGAAUCAUUGUUUAAUGAGCUUUUGUUGGCUUGAUAUUGGGCAUUCGAAUGGAAACCAUUAAAACUUAUUAUCAAGGCCUUUAAUCAACCUUCUUCUUCUCUUUUCAAAACCAAUUGAUGGAAAAAUGGGUAGCAAAAAGCUACUUUGGAAAAAUGAGCAUCCAUCUAAAUACUACUUAUGUUCUAAGGAGAAGGAUUCAGCCAGCAUGCUACAAAAAAUCUGUUCAUUUCAUGUAAUUUUUUUAUUUAGGUACACAUGUUUUGCAAUUUUUUGGUAAAAACAUUGACCCAUUCUCACCAACUCUAAAAUCCUAGAAAUCUGAUAACCAAUUGGCUUGUUUUUUUCUUCUACGUAUUGUUGGUGUUUUUAUCUGAUUUUUGCGAUUGGGCGAUUUGUGAUCACAGGCUGGUCACAAACGACAAUGCAGACAAAAAUGUUGUAGUUAUUAAACAAAUGAAUGGUACAUUUCCGAAAAGACUUUAUUGUUGCUAUUGGAAACCGCUUCAACGAAAGCAAAUGAAAUGAGGCAUUUUAUUAGUGUUUUUUUAAUGAGAUUUUUUGUAAGAUUUUUUUGUAUCAUAUGCGUAUUGAGAUUGUCCCCGAUUAUUUUUAAUGAUAUUCUUUUCGAUUUUACUUCGAUUGAUUUAGCGAUCUUGACCGGACUUAUUUCUACUUGAUUCUAAUUUCAGUCAGCUAAUUCUCUCCCCUUUAUGGAUAUCGUUUCAACGUUAUGUUUAACAUAGAACCAUCUUGUGUUCUCUGUUAAACCUUUUCAAGCUGUGUAUGAAAGCCCGUGGUAUUGGUAAAGAAAAGCUUGAGUCAAUAUGCACGAGGUCAUUGCCAACAGGUGGCGUGAUAGUGGAAAUGAAACAUCGGUUUUUGGUUAUAAUACUUUAAUAUAAAUGCUGUAAUAAUAUGAAACACGCAUCAAAUGAAAGCUAAUUGCACUUUAAAAUCAAAUUAUAUUAAAAAUCGAUACUGCCUCUCUCUGAUAUCAGUCCAAAACUAGAUUUGAACAUUUAUUUGUCGAUUUGGGAAUCCAAUUGCCUAUCGUUCGAUUCGUAAAACUUCAUAUAGCAGCUAGUUUUGGAGCAAAUAAAAACCAAACACAUUUUUCAUUUUCACUUUCACCCUUUCUCUAGUUGUUGCGAUCUCUUUUCGAUCCUUGGAAGCUUAAAUGCAGUGGAAUAAAUUGUUUGAAGAUUUUGUAUGACUUUGUACAGUACGAGCCUUUGAGUCUUUCAGCAUGGCUCGGUCCUUUUAAAAGCAUGAACUUCCCUUACCAUGUGAUAUCAGUAUGGUUAAAAGUAUUUGGCAGCUUUUAAUCAUUUUAUAAAUAUGAAAAAGUGUUUUUAUUUGUUUAUGAAUUUGAAAUGAAUUUAGCAAUAUUCUAUAUUAACUAAAGAGGUAUCAUUUUUCGAUUAUUUUUUUCAUGGUGUGGAACAAAUUAUAAAUGGCAAUGAACAAAUAAUUCAAAUGAAUAACAAAACUAGAAAAAUCCUGUAAACAUGCAGCGAUGAAAAGCAGCAUUCUUAAUGUUUUUUUUAUUUCAGCGUAACAAUUGUAGAAUUGUUCAUCUAUGCCUGACUUAGCUAUUAAUGGACUUGGCUACGAAAUUUGUCAUUUGUUCGUCUAUGGCACGAUAAUUAAAUCAUGCGUAGGAUCAGAUUCACAUAUGGUUUGAUUAUAUAAAGGACUCGAUGUAUUUUUAUUCACUUUUAACGCCUAUACGCCUGGGAAGAAGCCCAUGGGCUGGUUAUUUCAAGCCAUUUUAUUUAUGCGCGCUAUUUUCGCUCCCAGUGAUUUGCUGCUCUUCUGUAAAACGAACGCAAACAUUGAGUAAAUUAACAUUGAAUAUUAUCAUGCAUGAUUGGUUUUCUGCUACCAAAUGUCAUACACUUGUUGUCUUCCGUGCGGCUAGAGGACGACAAUUGCAGAUGAAAAGACACUUUAAAGAAAGGUAUCUUUGUUGCGAUACGCUACAGAAAAUGCUUAAUGGAUGCGAUCUGCAUUCCUGUGUCUGCAUCAUUGGUCUCAUUCAUCACGGAACCUGAAGCAACGAGUUCUUUUGUAAGCCUACAGCUAACAGCGCAAUUCACGUUCUAUGCUUUCAUUACACGUCAUCGUACGACUCGUGCAUUCAUUUUACACAGUAACACACUCACCCUCGGUACGUGCCAUAUUGCGCCACUCCAGGUGGGAACGGAGUGCUCUUCUCACCUUUACUUAAACAGCUUCACAAUGGUAAAAGGGGAAGCAAAAACACAUCGUGCUUCACAGAGUUGAAAGGCAACAGAGCCCCACACACAGGACCAAUGCGAUCCGCAUGAAAAUGAAGUGUCAUCGUUCACAUUUGCUGCCAUAUUUGCUACAAAAACGGUCCCGCUUUGUGUGGCGCUUUAUUAUUCUGCUUGCAUCGUGAGCUUUUUCUUUGUUUGUGGCGCAUAAUAGAAUCGCGUGAAAAGAAUGGUGAAAUGUGACGAACAGGAUUGGAGGGUGAAGCAAAACGUCACCCUUGCAGUAGUCAAUCCCGGUGUCGGUGAAGAAGAAUCGGAACGUUACACGCUUCCCAGCACGAUGAAGGUGAAAAAAUACGCCACCAAACAAUUAAAUAAAAAGUAAUAAUGGCAACAACAAAAGGAAGAUUUUUCCCAUACAGUCAACUUUUGUGUAUUUAAACCACUGCCGUCGGACGGAGCCGAUUACAACAGGAAAAAUGCAAAUGUGAAUAGGAAAGCUUUAACACAAACACAAAACAAAAACGAUGGUUGCUCGCUCGGAAAAUGAAUCGGAAAGCAGCGAACGCUUUCAAUAAGGCAACGUUCGCGCUUGUAUGCACUAUUGCAUUCUCGCACACGCAUCAUGUGAUUGAGAGGCUUACAGAGGCAGGCAGAAAGCACAAAUCGCGCAGUUAAUAUUUACUCUUGACGCAUUAAACAAACAGUCUUGCAAAAAAGGCUUUUAAAAUAAUCUCCCAUUAAAAUCUUUCCCCUACGGGUGUGCUAUUGAAAUAAUAAUCCAAACCCCAGCAAGUCAAUACAUUUUAUUCCGCACCAUGGUUUAUUAUGCUUUCGGGUCUUUUGUGUUUUAUUUAUGAUGAAAUAAUCGAACGGGCCAGCAAAAGGGUCACGUACAUCGUUAGCGAUUUUCAACAGAUUCGCCGGACAGUUGGCGUCAAAAAAAACCGAAACGAUGGACGUGCAUCCUGGCCAAGAACAGGAGACAAGAUAAUGGCGAUACAGUUUGUCGGGUGUUGUUAGGUUAUCGGUCAUCAUACGUCAAAGCUCAUUUUCAGUCAUUUUCACACACUGGCCCACAAGCACAGUAUUGCGAAGAAACAAUGAAAUAAAUGAAACAAGCAGCAGAGGGUUGUAGCGGGUUGGCUGUGACCAAGUCCCGGUGGCAAACGUCCGAACGCAUUGAAAGUGACCGUUGUGAUAGCAAGCGAACAAGGCGAACAACAAUUUCAAACUCCAUUCGACCCAUCGCGCAACUAAUACCGCCGUAAGCCAAAAUGAUAUAUUUUAAGAAUGCAGCAGGGGGAAUACAAGAGACAGCGAAUGGGGAGAGAGUGUGUAGCAAGGGCGAGCACGCUGAUGAUUAAAUAGAUGCAAUGAAGUGGAAAAUUAAAUAAAAUUAAAAACCUAAAAAAUCCCCUGCAAGUGAAGGGAACAUUCAUGCACACACAUACACACACACAAACACGUAUACAUUGUUGUUAAAGGCUGUCCUUGUGAAGAAAGGUUGUAGCAAACGAAGUUGAAAAAGACGGCUGACGACGCGUUCGCCGACGCGUCCAACUACGAUUGAUCGCGUGUGAAGCUGGUGCGACGGGAUAUGCGGGGACGCGUUACAAUCAACCCCACGUUUACUAGUACUAGAGACAACUGAGGACAUGGGAAAAGGGGGAUAGAGGAGUACAAAAAGGGAGAAAACACCGCUCUCCAUCCACCCCGGCUUUUCCCUUUUCCCCACCCAGAUAAUGUUGCGCGCGGAAAAUCAUUUUCCGAACGUAAACAGCUUUUGUUUUUGUUCGAGUUAUAGAAGCCAUCUAGCCGCCGUUGAAUUGAAUAAAGAGGAUUACUAUGCUAGACUAGAGCAAGUGUGUUGUA